AUGUGCUGCUCCUCCGGGACGCGCUCACCUCUCCCUCCCCCUGUCUGUGUCCUCACCUCCUCUCCUCACCCCCUCGACUCCUCUCCUCAUCUCCUUUCCCCCUCACCUCCUCUCCUCACCCCCUCGUCUCCUCUCCUCGUCUCCUUACCCCCUCACCUCCUCUCCUCACCCCCUCGUCUCCUCUCCUCGUCUCCUUACCCCCUCGUCUCCUCUCCUCACCCCCUCCUCUCCUCUCCUCGUCUCCUUACCCCCUCGUCUCCUCUCCUCACCCCCUCGUCUCCUCUCCUCGUCUCCUUACUCCCUCGUCUCCUCUCCUCAACCCCUCGUCUCCUCUCCUCACCCCCUCGUGUCCUCUCCUCAUCUCCUCACCCCCUCGUCUCCUCUCCUUACCCCGUCGUCACCUCUCUUCACCCCUCUACUCCUCUCCUUGUCUCCUCUCCUUACCCCCUCGUCUUCUCUCCUCACCCCCUUGACUCCUCUCCUCACCCCCUUGACCCCUCUCCUCACCCCCUCGUCUCCUGCACCCCCUCGUCUGCUCUCCUCACCCCCUCUACUCCUCUCCACGUCUCCUGCACCCCCUGGUCUCCUCUCCUUACCCCCUGGUCUCCUCUCCUGCACCCCCUCGACUCCUCUCCUUACCCCCUCUACUCCUCUCCUCACCCCUUCGUCUCCUCUCCUGCACCCCCUCGUCUCCUCUCCUUACCCCCUCGUCUCCUCUCCUAA